CGAUAAACAAUCCCUGCUCCCGCCCGAGUUGAUGCUUGAGCGAGUCGGAGCGUGAAUCCAAUGCCACGCACCUAGAACAAGCAGCUCACCUGGCGUUCCCUUUUUUUUUUUUUUUGUUCUUGUACUUUUAACCCGAGAAAGUCGAAGCUGCCAGCCCAAGGCACCAUACCAGAAAACGAAUCCUCCCAAUCCUCCUCCUCACCCCCGAUCCGAGCUCCAGCGCACCCAGAUCCCAGUGAGGACCGCCGGACCGAAAUGGCUGCCCGGGCUUCGAUGCCACGCUCCCUCUGGCGGCAGCUGGCGAGGACACACGCUGCACCUACUUUGCAAACGACUGGCCUUCGGACCCUCCAGCAGCGCUGUGUAGCCACCAGCGGCAGCAGUCGCAAUGGACUCCAGGCCCGCGCCGCCAGUGCAGCACGACGGUGCAGCAGACCCUACAGCUCGACUCCGCCGCCGCCACCUCCUCCUCCGCCUCCGCCGCCGCAGAGUGGGAUCAAGUUCUGGCCGUUCCUCGUCGUCAUUGCCCUCUCGAGCGGCACGUACAUAAUGCUGGUCAACCAGAGGAACGAGAAAGACAUGCCAUCGAUCGAGGAGGCCAAGAAGGCGGGUCGGCUGCCCACGGCGACCAAGACGACGCCGACCUUCUCCAGCGACGACGUGACGGUCAUCUUCGUGCUCGGCGGGCCCGGGGCCGGCAAGGGCACCCAGUGCGCGCGCCUGGUGGACCAGUACGGUUUCACGCACCUGUCGGCCGGCGACCUGCUGCGCGCCGAGCAGGAGCGGCCGGGCUCCGAGUUCGGCCAGCUCAUCAAGGACUACAUACGCGACGGCAAGAUCGUGCCCAUGGAGGUGACGAUCCAGCUGCUCGAGAACGCCAUGAAGGAGGCCAUGGGCGGUUCCGCAGACGGCAAGGCCGGCAAGAAGAAGCCCCGCUUCCUCAUCGACGGCUUCCCCCGCAAGAUGGACCAGGCCCUCAAGUUCGAGGAGGCCGUGUGCCCCGCCAAGUUCGUCCUGUUCUACGACUGUCCCGAGGCCGAGAUGGAGCGCCGCCUGCUCGACCGCGGCAAGACGAGCGGCCGCUCCGACGACAACGCCGAGAGCAUCCGCAAGCGCUUCCGCACCUUUGUCGAGACCAGCAUGCCCGUCGUCGACCACUACGAGCGCGAGGGCCGCGUCGUCAAGAUCCCCGCCACCGCCGCCCCGGACGCCGUCAAUGCCGAGACCAGGAAGCAGCUCGCUAGCCGGCUCGGCCCCGACUUCUAGAGCCCCCGCCAUCGCUGGGCUUUUGGUCUCCACCCCUCCUCCUCCUCCUCCCAGCUAUCACCACAUGUCCUGCGGACGCCAUUGUUCUUUCGAUAGACGGGUUCUUUUGUGCAUACAACAUACCAUACCUUAGCCAUAAUAAACAGCCGCCAACGGCGAGAUACAUUCCA